AUGAAGGAAGGAAGUGUGGCGGAUACGUUGUCUACCUCGAAGGAUGACAAUGGCCAGACGAAUCAAGACCCCGGCAGUUGCAAUGUCAAGAAUGGUGGCAUUGUGAUGGAUAGCUCCUCCAAGUCUGAGCCUAGCCGGGAGCCUCCGGUUGGACUGGUCACUACUAACGCUGCUGCCACCAGAGAUACCGGUAUCACACCAAAGCUCGACGCGGCAACUAUAUGCAUACUGGUACCCGCAGCGAGAAGCUCUUACGCAGAGGCAAGGAAGGCUCGUAAAGAAGCAGAGUCCUUGGGCAACGCUAGGGUAGCCAGUAGGCAUUCCUUCACAGCGAUCACGCUCAGCCACAUUCAUAGAACAAACCAAAAAGUCAGGCGGGAGGCAAGACGAAGGGCCACCACUGUUGAGUUAGUGACGACCACAGCAGCGGCCGCAACAACCAUAUCCUUUGACGCCACCGCCGACUGUGCUGCUACUGCUAGUAGUACAGGCAACCAGGAAGAUGACGACACUCCACAAGAGUCCGAUGUCUACGUUCCAGAGACGGUUGCUCCUCCCAUGCUAUUGGAAGCUAGAAUAGUGGAGGAACCUACGCUGGUUCACGCCGAGCCAAUGCCUGGAGCUUCCCACUUUCAAGACGAAGAAUCGGGACAAAGUGAAGAUGGAAGGCCCAAGUUGGACGAAUCCAACCGCUCUGAGAGCAACACUAGUAUCACCGUCAGCCGCAAAUGGGUAUGUGUCAUGUACGGUGCAGCAGCCAUUAUUGUUGGCUUCCUGAUUCUGACUGGGUUACUUGGCAGCGUGCUUAUCACAGCCACAAACUCCUCCGAGUCCACAGAAGAGGAAGGAGAGAACGGUGGCAUCAAGCAAACUGCUUCGUCCGAGUCUCCUUCACCCGUGUCCAGUCCACCUCCGACACCCCGUGCCAUGCUUGACGCUGACUUUCUACCCGAGUUUUCCAUUGCUGCCAUUCUCGAGAAUGAGACGUCUCCUCAAGCAAAAGCCCUCUCCUGGGUUCAAGAGCAUCGGGAUUUUGAGUCCAUGUCAGAGGCACGAAAGCGACAGCUAAUGGCGCUGGCGACACUGUUCUAUGCCACGGGAGGAAACAGCUCUUGGCAACCAACGCCCCGUAUCAACUGGCUCGAUGACAGUCUGCACGAAUGUGACUGGCAAGGAGACAGGGAAUUCAAGCCCAACUGCACUGACGAAGGAGUCUACCAAGCCAUCAACUUGGACAGCGACCGCCUUGUUGGGACGAUCCCACCAGAGAUAUCCUUUUUGACUGGCCUAAAGUGUCUAUCGCUGAGAGAGAAUCAAAUCUCUGGCACACUGACAACACUCUUUGGAAGGCUCACCGGGUUGACAGAGUUACUGCUUCAAAACAAUCAGAUCAGCGGAACGAUUCCAAGUGAAAUCGGUGCUUUGACACACCUCACCAACCUCCUGAUGUCUCGCCUGGAUCUCCGAGGCAGUCUGCCAUCGGAGCUAAGCCACCUAUCUGGACUAGAACAACUGGAGUUUUGGGAGAAUAGCCUUACCGGGACCAUCCCGAGUGAAAUUGGACUGUUGACGGCCUUGACCUUCUUGCACUUGAAUGAGAACAAGUUGGACGGAAGGCUGUCUGACUUGGAGUUUCUUGCUUCACUGACAAACUUGAAAGAACUGCAUCUGUAUGAAAAUCAUUUCUCCGGAUCUAUACCGGUUUCGUGGGCGCAGCUCUCCACGUUGGAGCAACUUCAAAUCUACGACAAUUUGGUAAACGGGAGCGUUCCAGAAGAGCUUUGCAUUGCAUUGACUUCCCUGACCAGCUUUCGAUAUGAUUGCGACCUGCUUACUUGCAGCUGUCCUCAAUGCUCCGAUAAGGAUGAAUCCUGUAAAUGA